CACUCCACAUUUUUCUUCAGCAAACAAAAUAUGAAUUCUCUCUCUGCAUUUUCAGUUCAAAAAUGCAUCUUCUUCGCCUUCAUAACUCUGAGUGGUGUGAAAAUCUCGAACUGCGAACAAGGGUUUUGCUCUGCGCCGCCAGUUUUGGAAGCUCAGCCGCUCUAUUGGAAAGUCAAUAACCCAACUCUAUCACCCUCUCAUCUUCAAGACUUGCCGGGAUUUACACGAAGCGUAUACAAACGAGACCAUGCUCUGAUAACUCCGGAAAGUCAUGUAUUCAGCCCUUUGCCCGAGUGGACUAACACGUUAGGUGCUUAUCUCAUUACACCGUCGAUGGGCUCACAUUUUGUUAUGUACUUGGCAAAGAUGCAAGAAAAUUCAAAAUCGGGGCUCCCACCAAAGGAUGCUGAGAGGUUCGUAUUUGUACUCCAGGGUGUGGUGAUUCUCAACGACACAUCGGGGAUCAAACACAAUCUAGAGGUGGAUUCAUAUGCAUAUCUUCCUCCAAACUCGGAACAUUUGUUCGACUCCGAUGCAUCUGCCACUCUUGUUGUAUUUGAAAGAAGGCACGACUACUUGGAAAAUCAUAUUGCCGAGCAAAUCAUUGGUUGGACAAAUAAGCAGCCCCUUUUAGAAACUCCAGGCGAGGUUUUUGAGCUCAGAAAGCUUCUUCCGACCUCUUUGGCAUAUGAUUUCAACGUACACAUGAUGGAUUUUCAACCAGGCGAAUUUCUAAAUGUAAAGGAAGUUCACUAUAACCAGCACGGAUUAUUGCUUUUGGAAGGACAAGGCAUAUACCGUUUAGCUGAUAGCUGGUAUCCAGUUCAAGCUGGUGACGCAAUUUGGAUGGCCCCCUUCGUGCCUCAAUGGUAUGCAGCACUUGGCAAGACAAAGUCGCGCUAUUUGCUGUACAAAGAUGUCAACAGGAACCCAUUGUAAUAAUAAUUGAAUCGUAUUUUUUCUCUUCGUAUUUUGAUACGAUUGCUUUGACAUCACGUGUAAAACACGAUUAGCUAUCUUAUGAAAAUUAAGGUUGUUGUCUUCAAUUUUUUUUGGUUGCCUUGUAA